AUGGGUGCAUCCCGCAAGCACUGGAGGCUGGGGCCUUGGGCUGCCUUUCCAUCUUCAGGCGACUCCCUGUCUCCUCCGCCUGAGACCCAUGGCCAGUCUUCUAGGAGCCAGUUGUUCCCCUCUGCCGAUUCGUUUCUCGGCUCCCCGCACCCUGGAUCUUCCCCUGCGAGCCUUUUGGAUCGCGUUCUCCCCCUGCAGGUACUGCAAAGACCGUCUCCCGCCAAACCCCCUUCUCCUCCAGUUUCCGUUUCUCACCGCGAGCCAUCACCGAACUAA